CCUUCUACCUGGCUAGCAAAAGAAGUCUCAGUAAUCCUCAAAUACCUACUGUGACAGUUUAAAGGUUUUAUAUUGGGCUAGCUAGUGUUUGUUGUCGGCGCAAUACUGUUUUAUUUGUGCCUAUAAGGAGUUAUAUCGCCAGAUUGCCGAACAAACUAACUUCACUUAUUAACCGGUAACAACCAUCGACAUUAAUAUAACAACACAGGGGCCAGUACAGUGAGCUUGCUAUCCCAGCUGUCUCGACAGCCGGACUGCCCUUUGUCUAUUCGAGCAAGGUAGCUAGCAGGCGUUAUUUCAUCUGUCAGCUAGCUAACGCAGGGUUUUUGCAGUUCUGUUUUAUUUUUAUUUUGCUAUAAAGAAGUUAAGGAAAUCAAGAUAGGCGGCUUGGGAACCAAGAUGUCAAAUCGAGUGGUGUGCAGAGAAGCAAGUCACGCCGGGAGCUGGUACUCCGCUUCGGGAUCCCAGCUGAAUGCACAACUAGAGGGAUGGCUGUCUCAAGCACAGUCCUCGAUCAGACCUGCCAGAGCCAUCAUAGCACCCCAUGCCGGGUAUACCUACUGUGGUGCUUGUGCAGCACAUGCCUACAAGCAGGUUGAUCCCACUGUUACUCGUAGGGUGUUCAUUCUGGGACCUUCACAUCACGUGCCCCUCUCCCGCUGUGCCCUGUCACCUGCAGACAUCUAUAGAACACCGCUCUAUGACCUGAGAAUUGACCAGAAGGUUUACGCUGACCUCUGGAAGACUGGGUUGUUUGAGAGGAUGAGUGUGCAGACAGAUGAAGAUGAGCACAGCAUUGAAAUGCACUUGCCUUAUACUGCAAAAGCCAUGGAGAGCCACAAAGAUGAGUUCAGUAUCGUUCCUGUGCUUGUGGGCGCUCUGAGUGAGUCUAAGGAGCAGGAAUAUGGGAAGCUGCUCAGCAAAUACCUGGCAGACCCUUCAAACCUCUUCAUAAUCUCCUCAGACUUCUGCCACUGGGGUCAGCGGUUUCGUUACACGUACUACGAUGAAUCUCAAGGAGAGAUCUACAGGUCUAUUGAGCACCUAGAUAAAAUGGGAAUGAGCAUUAUAGAGCAGCUGGAUCCGAUGUCAUUCACCAACUACUUGAAGAAGUACCGCAACACCAUCUGUGGACGCCACCCAAUCGGAGUGCUGCUAAAUGCCGUGGCCGAGCUUAGGAAGUCCGGAUUAGAAAUGAACUUUUCUUUCCUGAACUACGCCCAGUCGAGUCAGUGCAGGAACUGGCAGGACAGCUCUGUGAGUUACGCCGCUGGAGCGCUCGUCGUUCAUUGAGGUCAACUUCUGCAGGGGCCACCGCGACGCCGCCACCCUGCCAUUACUAUCUAUCGCCAUAACCCCCGACCCCACCAACCCCAGUCGUGCCCACAAUUCGCAGGAAGGAUUUUAGUCAUUCGAAGCCAAUAUGAUAGUUUUCCAUUCACUUAAGUUUUUGCAGAUUUCAGAUAACUCUGAAGAACAAAGGAGUCACUUUAACUGGACUUGGAUUUUUUUGUGGGAACGAGAAAUCUCACUUAGGUUUUUGCAGUUUGUCGCUUGUUGUUUUCCAAAAGCAUUAAAAGGAAGAUUUGAGUUGUUAUAAUGCAGCUGACCUUAUUAGAACUCAACCUCUCUCUUGUAAUUUUCCCCAGAAAAAAAGGAAUUAAAAUAAAAUUUACUAAUCUUCACGGAGAAGAUCCGGAUGUUGCCGGAUAAGUUUGAGUGAAACGAGUGUUUGACUGCUCGAUGCUGCUCACACCUUUACCAUCGCUAACAAAGGGCUGCACCCAACAAAGCUCACUAACUCCCUACUGUACAAAAACCAAAAACAAUAUAAGAUUGCUUUAUUAUUAUAACAUAUUUUAUUCUUAUUUUAGUCUUUUAGAAGUUUUUGAUAGAUGUAAUAGUAUUUACUAAACUGGUGUGUAGAUUUGGGUAACGGCUUUCUCUCCUCAGCUCAGAAGCUGUGUAACACCGAUUCUAGUCACAUGAUCCAAGCAGGAAAUAGAAUUUCUGUGGGCCAGAGUGCAUUGUGGGUACUACAGAGAUGUAAUACAAUCAGGUUUGUGUGUACGUCAUCGACUCCCGCCACCUUAAAUCUCUGUAAUAUCACCUCUGCCACUGGACGUUUAUGUUUUACUUCAUUUGUUACAGUUUUUGGUACAGUCUGAACAAGGUGACCAACAUCACUUUAAAUGACACGACCUAUAUUAGUUACGGCUUUUAUUUCUUGUUUUGGUUUUUGCUUUGACUGAGAAAAGCCAAAAAAUAAGAGAACAGGUAGAAAGGGCAAAUGUUCACAUUUAGAUUUUGAAAAUUCAUCUAAUAUUUUUUUAUUACUAUGAUACAGGAUUUAACAUCAACUGUAAUUGUGUAUUUGGGUUUAUCGGGUGAACUUAUUUAAUAGUCGAGCACAUAACCACAGGCUGAUGGUUACUAACAACGGCAGGAAGUUGCUGCUGCCCUAAACUCCUCUUUAUGAGCUAACUGGUUAAAGGUCCGAUCCAAUGGUUCUGAGUCACAAACUUGAAAAACUGACAAUGGCGGCGCAGUGAUUGCUGAUUUAGUCGAUCUCGCUAACUUUUCCCUCUGAAAGCAAAUAGUUCCCACAUGCAGGUGUCAGGUGAAGGCUGAAAGUCCGAUCUCCAGACUCCUGACCUCUGAAGUGAAUCUACAGGAAACUAGCAAAGCAUGACACACUGUGCUAUUGUGCCUUUUCUCGCUGUUGCACAUUUAUACAUAAAUAUAUAGAAAGCGUAUUCUCACUUCCAGUCUUACGUUUGUUCUUGAGUUUUGUGUACUUUUCCCUCUUUGCCAACAGCUCAACACACUGAGACCUGUCCACUCUAGUGUCGCCCUCCUUGUCCUCCCUCCUGCAGGGAGAAGCGUUUCUCUUCCUGUUCACAUCACUUCAUUCUUGUAGCAAGAGAUGAAGGCUUAAACCUCCACACUGUUCAUCUUUAGUUUACGUUUGUGGAUAUUUGGUCUUUUUAGAAGUUUUUUCUUUGUAUUUUGUUUCUCUUUUGUUUGAGAAAUGGAACGCAAGCAUCACAAACCUAAAGCAUACUGCUUAACUACUCCUGUAAUGGAGUUUUUCUGAUCUCAGGUUCCACUGACAAAGCAUCGCAAAAGGCUCUUCAGAAAAGGCAGAGGAUUCAUGUUACAAAAAAAGUAAAAAUGUACUGAAAAGCA